ACCGCCUGCGCAGGGAGGAGAAAUCGCGCCAGGAGCUGGAGAAGAACCGACGCAAGCUGGACGGCGACUUCAACGAGGUCCACGACCAGAUCUCCGAGCUGCAGGCUCAGAUCGCCGAGCUGCGCGCUCAGCUGGCCAAGAAGGAGGAGGAGCUCCAGGCGGCUCUGGCCAGGAUCGAGGAGGAGGCGGCUCAGAAGAACCUGGCCCAGAAGAAGAUCCGAGAGAUGGAGGCUCAGCUGUCGGAGCUGCAGGAGGAUCUGGAUCUGGAGAGGCAGGCUCGCACCAAGGCAGAGAAACACCGCCGAGACCUGGGGGAGGAGCUGGAGGCGCUGAAGACGGAGCUGGAGGACACGCUGGACUCCACCGCCGCGCAGCAGGAGCUCAGGUCGAAGCGUGAGACCGAGGUGACUCAUCUGAAAAGGACUCUGGACGAUGACGCCAAAGUCCACGAGCAGCAGCUGGCGGAGGUGAGGCAGAAGCACAGCCAGGCCUUCGACGAGCUCAACGAGCAGCUGGAGCAAUCUAAGAGGAACAAAGUGUCGAUGGAGAAGGCGAAGCAGGCCCUGGAGUCGGAGAGGAACGAGCUGGCCAUCGAGACCCAGACUCUGAUGCAGGGGAAGGGCGACUCUGAGCACCGCAGGAAGAAGGCCGAGGGAUCGGUCCAGGAGCUGCAGCUCAAGUUCUCCGAGAGCGAGAGGCAGAGGCUGGAGCAGGCCGAGAAGCUGGCCAAAGCUCAGAUUGAACUGGAGAGUGUGAGCAUGCUGCUGGGCGAUGUGGAGGGGAAGUCCAUCAAGGCCACCAAAGACUGCUCUCUUGUGGAGUCCCAGCUGCAGGACAUUCAGGAGCUUCUCACGGAGGAGACGCGUCAGAAACUGUCUAACAGCACCCGGCUGCGUCAGCUGGAGGACGAGCAGAACAACCUGAAGGAGCAGCUGGAGGAGGAGGAGGAGGCCAAGAGGAACGUGGAGAAGCAGCUGAUGACCGUCCAGGCUCAGCUCCUGGAGAUGAAGAAGAGGGUGGAGACGGACGCUGGGUCUCUGGAGACGGCGGAGGAGGCGAAGAAGAGAUACCAGAGAGACCUGGAGGCUUCCAACCAGCGCAUGGAGGAGAAGUGCGCCGCCUUCGAGAAGCUCGACAAAACCAAGACUCGCGUUCAGCAGGAGCUCGACGACCUGCUGGUGGACCAGGACCACCUGCGGCAGAUCGUCUCCAACCUGGAGAAGAAGCAGAAGAAGUUUGACCAGAUGCUGGCUGAGGAGAAGAACAUCUCUGCUCGUUACGCAGAGGAGCGAGACAAAGCUGAAGCCGAGGCCCGAGAGAAGGAGACCCGAGCUCUGGCUCUGACCCGAGAGCUGGACACUCUGAUGGACGUCAAGGAGGAAACGGACCGCAACAACAAGCUGCUGCGCGCCGAGAUGGAGGACCUCGUCUCCUCCAAGGACGACGUCGGCAAGAGUGUGCACGAGCUGGAGAAGGCGAAGCGUGCGAUGGACCAGCAGCUGGAGGAGAUGAGGACGCAGCUGGAGGAGCUGGAGGACGAGCUGCAGGGAACCGAGGACGCGAAGCUGCGCCUGGAAGUCAACAUGCAGGCCAUGAAGGCUCAGUACGAGAGGGACCUGUCCGGGAAGGACGAGAUGGGCGAGGAGAAGAAGAGAGCGCUCGUCAAACAGGUGCGUGAGAUGGAGAUGGAGCUGGAGGACGAGAGGAAGCAGCGCUCUGCAGCCGUGGCCUCCAGGAAGAAGCUGGAGCUGGACCUGAAGGAGCUGGAGGCCGGCAUCGACAUGGCCAACAAGAACCGAGACGAAGCCCUGAAGCAGCUGAAGAAACUGCAGGCCCAGAUGAAGGAUCUGAUCCGGGAGCUGGAGGACACUCGCAUGUCCCGAGAGGAGAUCCUGGCUCUGAGCAAAGAGACGGAGAAGAAGCUGAAAGGCAUGGAGGCCGAGAUGCUGCAGAUGCAGGAGGAGCUGGCGGCUGCAGAGAGAGUGAAGAGGCAGGCGCAGCAGGAGAGAGACGAGCUGCAGGACGAGAUCAACAGCCAGGCCACCAAGAAUGCUCAGGUGGUGGAGGAGAGGCGGCGCCUUGAGGCUCGUAUCGCUCAGCUGGAGGAGGAGCUUGAGGAGGAGCAGUGCAACAUUGAGCUGACCAACGACCGGCUGAAGAAGGCCGUGCUGCAGUCGGACCAGAUGAACGUGGAGCUGGCGUCUGAGCGCAGCACCUGUCAGCGGGUGGAGGGUGCUCGCUGUCAGCUGGAGCGUCAGAACAAGGAGCUGAAGCUGAAGCUGCAGGAGCUCGAGGGGACCGUCAAGUCCAAGUACAAAGCCAACAUGGCCGCCCUGGAGGCCAAGGUGGUGCAGCUGGAGGAGCAGCUGGACAUGGAGACCAGAGAGCGACAGGGAGCCACUAAGCUGGUGAGACGCACCGAGAAGAAACUGAAGGAGGUGAUCCUGACGGUGGACGACGAGAGACGCAACACGGAGCAGUACAAGGACCAGGUGGACAAGCUGAACUCCCGCAUGAAGCAGCUGAAGCGCCAGCUGGAGGAGGCGGAGGAGGAGGCUCAGAGGGCCAACGCCAACCGGAGGAAACUGCAACGAGAGCUGGAGGACGCCACGGAGUCAACGGACUCCAUGACCCGAGAGGUCUCCACCCUGAAGAACAAACUCAGACGUGGCGAACUCCCGUUCACCGUGCGCCGCACCAUGCCUCGCACCGGCAUCGAGAGCGACGAGGAGAGCGAGACCAAGAGCGAGACCCCCGAGUCCCCCAAGCCUUAAAAACCCGAGUCAUCAUUAAAAACACCCGCAUCAUAAAAUACAAAAACACACACUAACACACACACACUUCUGAACGGAGAGGAACACAAAACUAGAGAAACCGAUUUCCUCCUAGUCCCGUGACAAUCUAUGCAUUCUUAACACACACGGUAAACUCGGGACAAUCACCAUGCUGACACACGUUAUUUUUGGGCCAAAUGUUUUCGUUCGCUUCAUGUUUCGUUCUCUGGGGGAAAAAAAAAAAGGAUAUUUUUGUAAGGAAACAUUCCAAUGAUGGUAGUCCUGAUCCAGGAUCUAUUUUUCUAAUUGAAGAAGGAAGUACACGUUAAUGAAGAGCGAUCUACUGGAAGGGGACCAAAGUAAUAUCUCGAUCUAUAGAAAAUGUGUUUUAUGCAGAAGUUUUUAUAAUGGUUAAGAAUGGAAGUGCUUAUUAUGCUCUCGCUUCAGAUUAUAAUGAAGGUUUAUACGCGGAAUGUAUCCUAUCGACUUAGCGUGGCGGUAGAUUUGAUCAACGUUAUUUCUGUGAACACUAAAUGUAUGAGUAAAAACCCAAUAAAUGAAAUUAAAAGAAAUGUAUAAAAAUAUUAAAUUAAUCGGCUUCUAUAGAAACAAAAUCCACAAAAAAAAAAUACAUAAAAUGGAUUCUGAAAUGUGGAAUAAAUACAUAAAGAAUAUUUGAAUUUCAAUUUUCAAUUUCUUUCUACUUAACAAAUAUUUUUAAGCAUUUUUUGGAAGGUUUCACUUUUACAAAUUCUCCAUUUACACAUCUGUUCACACGAAGUAAAGUAUGAUAAAUCUACCUCCUUGAUUUAGCUGCAGUUAGUACUCGUGACUACGCUUAUGGGCUUAAAAAUGUAACACACAUUUCUUACGGAAGCUUAAAAAUCAGAGGCAGAUUUCAAGUUAAAAAAUUACGGAAGGCGUUUUGAUUGUGCUGAAUUUUCUUAAUUUUUGCACUGAGAAAAAAAAAGCCUUGACAUUAAAAAAAACACUGCGUUAAGUUUUAAAAAGACUCAUGGUAGUGAGUGCACACACGCACACUAAGGCCUUAAAUGCAGCAGCUGAAUUCUGGGUAGGGAUUUCUCAUUUUUCUGGACAUGCAUUGAUUUUUACAUUUCUCUCUAUCAGUGUUGUGUUUAUGUUGAAGGUAAAGGGGGUGGUGGGGAAGUCUUAUUACUCGCACUGUGUCCUCGGAGCUCGGUUGCCGGGUAGAUUUCGGAAGUUAGGGGAUGUUUACCCCCCCCCCUCCGCAGGCUGUGCUUUCGGCUCACACUGCUGGGAAGUGAGAGGAAUGUGUUGUUGUUGUUGGGAAUCACGGAUUAAGAAGAAUACAAAUAAUGAUCGCACUUAUAAUAAAAAAAUAAAAAAACAACAGCAAAGGAAAUCCAAAAAAAAAUGCUCAAUUAUUUUGUAAUGUCUGUCUUUCUGCACCUCUGGAAUCAUUGUUGUGAAAUGUUGGUAUUAUUGCAAUUAAAGAGGCUUUCUAAACUGCUA